AUGCUAAAAGGAACCCCUCAAGGAGGAGUACUUUCGCCCCUUCUCUGGAAUCUCGUCAUCAACUCCCUCCUCGUGUCCCUCAAUACUUCGCUCCACAAGCCUGACUUCACGCAGGGUUUUGCAGAUGACCUUGUUACUGCAGUCACUGGUGAAAAUCUUCACGCACUUAUUAGUCAGAUGCAACUCAUAGUCAACACCAUCAAGGACUGGUGUAAAGCUAAUGACUUGGAGUUGUCCCCGCAUAAGACUUCUUUAGUACUCUUCACCUGGAAAAGGAAAUUUGUAAUUGAUACCCCUAUACUGAUAGAUGACCAUCCUAUCAACUACUCCACUGACGUUCGCUACUUAGGACUGAUACUGGAUCAAAAACUCAACUGGAAAAAACAUGUAGAACACGUCAUACAUAAAGCAACCUGGACCCUACUUGCAACUAGAAGAACUAUUGGGAAAAACUGGGGUUAUUCUAAAAAUACCGCACAGUGGAUCUACAAGUCAGUUGUACUACCUGCAGUGACAUACGGAUGUCAUGUUUGGGGCCUUAACCCUAAAUCUCAUAUCAUUGCUAAACUGUCUAAAGUGCAGUCCCUGGCCUGCCGCACAAUCGUCCACUGCCCGAAAUAUACUUCCAGAAGAAGCAUGGAAGUUACCACAGGUAUUCUGCCACUCCAUAGCGAGAUCAACAAGUCUGCUAGCUCGACCCUUUUCCGCCUGCAUGGUCACAACAGGUUCAACCUAGUCAAUAACACCAGGACGAAAUUCCUGCCACACUCAGCCAACUACUCCAACUGUCUUACACCCAGUAUGGAACACUGGGACAUCACCCGCCCAGAAAGAUUCAAGACUCCAAUGUUCAUAACCAAUCUGGCAAACGAAGAACUAAUGAACGCACUCAUCUCCUCACACAAGUCGGUAACUGAUCAAUACCACUUCUGCUGCUUUACUGAUGGAUCCCGCCUUAACAACAAAACAGGAUCAGCACUCGUGGUGUACUCCAUGUAUAACAAUGACCCCUUAGCAACAUUUAAAUGGAGACUGGACGACCGCAACACUGUGUAUCAAGCAGAAAUGAUGGCCAUAAGGGAAGCAUGCAUAUUUCUUCGCUCCCUGUCAUGUCUCAACGCAUCGAUAGCUAUUUUUACCGACUCACUAUCGUCAGUUCAUGCCCUCUCUGCUGAAGCAUCGUCUAGUCGGCUUUGCAUCGACACUAGAAGAGAGUUAGAUAUUCUCACCGCCGAAUGCUCCUCUGUUUUCCUUACAUGGAUAAGAGGACAUGCGGGAAUACAAGGAAAUGAACUGGCUGAUACUCUUGCCAAAGAAUGGACCACUUGCAGCUUCUUGAAAGCAGUCCCUCUUCCUACAACCCUUUUCAAGUCUACACUGCGUGAUAAUAGCUACACCACCAGAGCCACUGACUGGUCAGCCGUAGCUACUUCUAAUACUCUCCACUCUCUGCUAGCUCACUACUCCUUACCCCAACAUGUUUCAUUCUUCAAAUCUCUUAACAGGCGGAACUCUCGCAUUCUCACCGCUUUUCUUGAUAAUCGAGCACCACUUCGAGCCUUCUUGCAAAAGCUUGAUAACACAAUUAAUCCCACGUGCUCAUACUGCCUCUCUGGACGGCAGGACAACUCACACAUACUAGUUUAUUGCCCAGCACUUAAGUUUCAGCGUCUACGCCACCUUGGCUUCUCGCCACGCCUAGCAGAUGUUAACCGCAUCCCCCCUCACGCUCUACUCAAGUUCCUCCUUAGCACUCCUCUCUUAUCUCUAUCAGGACCUUGUUGA